GUCAUAUUGCCAGCCGGAAUUUCAAGUAUGCGUACGCAGCGACAUAAUUAUCCAGUUUAUUGCUAUACAGCAGCCCGUUGCACGUAUACAUACUGACAGCAGCAGCAGCAGCCGCAUAGCUUCUGUCAUUGCAGUUAAACGUUGCACAACUUGUUAUUCACAAUGCGCGUAUCUGUCUUAUCUUUAUUUCUUGCUAUCGGAAGCUGCUAUAGCCAGUGUCCCAAUGUGCCGAUAAAUCCACCAGGACAGCCCAUCAGAGUGGAAGCCACAGCGGGAAUUUGGUAUGAAUACCAUUUUCGUAACGGCCCAGACCCUGCCACAGAUGAAUCCGGCCAGAAUGUUGUAAUGAAUGUGACCGUACGCGAUGCCCUCCCUGGCGGUCGGCAGCCCAGUUACGUGGUGACGCGAUAUUACAUGUUUCUAUCGGAUUCGGAUCCCAAGAAAGCGGAGUGUGCGUCCAUUAACCAGCUGGGCAACUGGACAGCGGAUGGUGUGCGGCAGACGCUUUCGGAUUUUGGAGAUGGCACAAUUGAGAACGUUACUUAUAUAAAUCUUUUUACGGACUAUAAUCUGCUACAAAUCUUGUACCGGUGCCAGACGAAGAAUGCCGAUGGAAAGCGCUGCGAUCUCCCGUACAUGUGGAUCAACACCCGCGUGCCACCGCCUCAGCUGAAAGACUACCAGAAGCAAUACAUAGAAGCGGCUUCCAAUUACUACUUGGGUCAGGUGUGCAGGAAAUUCUCCGAUACCAGCGCCACACCCUAUGAUGUUACGCUCACCAACAACUGCAACGUAGAUCAAGGAAAACCGGCACCCAGUGCGAAUUUCGCUGUCGAACUAAAAAAGUUUGGUAUUAAAUAAGCAGGUCAUGCGCUGUCAACUAUACGCAACUACGGCCAGUGCUUUUACUUGUCGGGCAUGCGUUGUGCUUUGACCUAUCACUCUGCUUGGUUUAAGUUGUAGCAAAUGCAUGUGGUUCCAGAGUUUGUUUCUUAAGCAGUUUUUGGCUGCACUGUUAACUGUCCGUUUGCUGCGAACCUUCAAAUUUAGUGUAGAAACUGCUGGUGUUGCGCUUGAAUAACACAUUUCUCACGCACGAGAACCCGUCGUGAAACAAACGACCUGUAACGCGGAGCAAAUUAAAAACAAUCA